AUGAUUAAGGCAAUAUUACAAAUUUUGGUUGCCUUAUUGUUGUCCACAACAAUCAUUGAAUCAGUGAAGAUUGGAAUUUCAAAACCAGUAAACACAGUUGAAAACGUUACAACUGAAACAAUUGAAACUACGACAUUAGAAACUACAACAGCUGCUACUACAACAACAACUACGGUUAAGAAUGUCCAAACAACGAAAUCAACUCCAUCUUCGACACCGAUUCCAGUUUCGUCAACUUCUGCAACAACAUCCACAACAACAAUACCACCAUCAAAAAAUGAUUCCCAAACAAGUUCGAUGAGAAAUAAAGAUAUCGUUCGAUCGGGAUAUUACUGUUCUUGUGAUUUGAGGGCAUAUUUUUGUGAUAUAAAUUGUUGUUGUGAUAUUGAUUGUAUUCCCGAGGAACUGAAUUCAUUUGAUUGUCAUAGAGAAAAGAAUGAAUUGGAGGAUUUUAAUUAUGAGCAAGGAUUGCCACCCUGCAGGAUAAAUGAAGGCUGGCUUUGUGUAUUUCGCACAAACAUUGAUACUUCCAAGAAUAAGCACCAGAACUACAUUUUUGACAGAUCAAGUUUUCGCGAAUGGCCGCAACUUUUGUUAGAAGAUUUUGAGUUAGCAAAAGAUCGAAGCUUUUAUAAAAUUGGAGAGCCCAUUUUAAUUUACAAUUUCGAACAAAAUGAAAUUAUUGAAUUCGAACUUCCAUUUUCUUUUAAUGGUCAUAAUUGCAAAAUCUACGAAUCUAUCCGCCAUUUGAAAUCAAAGAAAACUUUUUGUCAUCUUACAUUGGAGAAAGCAAAACAUUUUGAGACCACGUUAUUUCAAAAACUUUGUACAUCUUUUCUACUUCAAAAACCAAAUAUUGAAAUUCCUUUGGACGGUAUCAUCAAAGAAACACUUACAGAAUUCGUUCCAAUAACACUUUUUCGUUGCAACCAGGAAUAUGAUUGUAUUCCAGUAGCAGUCAAUAACUCUUUUUUCGAUAAUUUGGAUGAAACAGAAUACAGCAAUUUGAUUGAAACAAGACUUAUCCACAAUAUAACAAAUUUAAUCAGCUGUGAAGUGUUUUUUAUUCAGUCUGAAGAAAGGACCAACGAAGUUUGGUUGCAAUAUGAAGUUAAGUUUGUACAAAUUAAUGAAACACAAGAAAAUACUUUGAAUGUUAGUGGCCCAUUGGGUUACACUUCUGGAAGUCCACUUAUAAUCGGUCAGAAAGUGCUUUUGAACGAAUCAGCAGAAAAUGUGGAUUCAAAUCGUAUCCUAAGCUACUUCCAUGCUAAUAAAACUCAAGAAAUACAUAUUCAUGUGCCUAGACGUAGUCAAAACCAAUGCAAAGAAAGCUCAUUGGCAGUGAAUUUUGGCGAAAGCAUUUUAGUGCAGUGCUCGGUAGGACUUGAUAAUUCAACUGAACUAACGAGCGAUACCAAUUUUACCAAAGUGUGUGAAGAGUUGCAAAAUCGUUCCUUCAAACACUUUCAAGUCGAAAACAUUCAACGCCUUCAAGAUGACUUUUUUAUUUCUACCCUGGGUUAUCCUAUCAACAAGACUGAUUACUGGACAAAGGUCGAAGUAAGGAAUUAUGAACAUUUGCCGGUAAUGGGAGUGUUUUUGAGCAAAGAAGAUUCAUUUAUUUGCCAAAAUAUGAUUUUGGGUGUGAAAUAUGAAUUUUUGAUUGUUAAAGACGAAGUUCAUGGUGUUCGUCAUCAAAAUCUUGUGAAAGCAGCAUCAAUUGAAAUGGGAAAAAGACAUGAUUUGCAAUUUCAGCUAGACGAGGCAGUUUCUAUUCCGAUAACAUUUUCAACUAUAUUCCACGAUCUUCAAGAAACUAACAAAGCAGUUAAAUUGUCAGUUCUCUGUAUAAAAUGGCUUAUAAGUCUUUUAGUUUUAAUUUAUUUUGAAAAUUAUAAAAAAAUGUGUUAAAAUAAAAAAAACCAAUAAAAAAUGAUCUGAAUUUACAAAUUCAAUUUAAAA